AUGGCACAGUCAACAUCCGCCGCAAGCAGAUUGCCCGACCUCCACAAGUGUCUGACUGGCGAUGAGGUCGUUCUCGCUUGGGAGGACGUGCUCAACGCCACCCUCUCGCACCACGAACCACCGUCUACCCUCCACCGACAGUUCUAUGCCGCCAACAGCGCCAUCUUGUCCCAGAUUCCUCCUACUUUUGGCAGUCCGAAUGGCAAUUCCCGGUCUCGAAUUGAUAAGGUCACAUCUGAUGUCGCCGCGCUUUCAGAAAGCCAGCGGAAAGAGGCAGAACAAAUCAAGAGUGAUGCUCUCUGGCUGAGUGAUCUUGUCAAGCUUGAAGAGGUGGAAGCGCUGAGGACAACUCUCGUGGAAUGGCAGAACAGACCGGAACUCCGCCUGAAUGCGGGCUUUGCAGAUGCUGAGCUUGCCAGCUUGAGAGAUGCUCUUGGAUCUGAAUAUGCGCAAACACUGGAAUUGGUCCCUGCAGGACCAUACAGUCGAUCCGAUGCAGACUUCGACUCCGCAGAUGCCCGUAAAGUUCGCAUCCUCCACACGUUCUACCGUUCUCAAGUCGCGAUGCUGGCUCUGGCGAGGGAGGAGCUACAAUCAACUAUAACAAUGUCCGAAUCACAUGGUCCUCAAGCGCAAUGGCAAUCACUCUUCGCCCACGCACCCGACUGCACUCUGCAGGAUGCGGUGGUCACAACAACGAGCGCCAUCAGCGGCAUCUUACAAGAGCUUGGGGACUCGCGCGAAUGGAAAGGCAUUGAUCCUCGCUACGCAGAGCAGCUGGAAAUCUCCUUCGUCACGAGCAAGCUGCAAUCGACUGCACUGCUGCUUGAAAUUCUACUCCUGCGAACGCAUACUUCCAAAGAGACGGUCACUGGUGAGGUUCUACAAGAAUGGUUGACCUUCGCAGCUGGCUACGACCACUUCGCCCAAUUACAGUCAGAUGUUCCCGUACAUCAAGCGGCCAUUGAGCGGAUACAGUUCAAUGCUUGCUACAUUGGCUUGGCUUUGAUCAACCCUGCUUUCUCUAUGGAGUUCCUUGACAGCCCUGCAAUAAUGGAGGCUCAACCCGGUCAGACAGGCACACACUUUUUUCUGGACGCAGACAAGAUCGAAAUCUUGUUUGAGCCUGUUAUGGUAGCCGCUGAGGCCGCUACUGCCUGCGCUUCUCCCGCAGUUCUUGCCUGGGGACUGAUCUUUUAUAAGAUGAAAGUCAUGGCUGCCGCUGCCAAGCAUGAGCGAGAGUCACGCCAGGUACAGAAGGCUAUAGACAGGGCUCACGCUACAGAAGCUCAAAGUCGGCGUUGGUCGAGCAGUAGUUUUGGCUCCACAACGGAGUCCAUUCUCGAGCAGGUCAUCGGCCAUAUUCGACCAUUGAGUGGUGGAGAAGAUCCCCUCGAGUACAUGCUAGAAAGUGCCGUCAGGGGAGGCAACGUGUUUGAGGUUGCGUCCACAAUGGCCGCAUCUGCACGCAACAGCUCUUCAUUGCUGGGCUCGUUUCAGCUAAAUAUCCUCCAGAGUCUUCUCGCAGCCGCGCGUCCUGCGCUAGGCUAUACCCCAGACCUUUUCAAUGCCCAGUUGGCCAUUUUGUCCUCAGCUGGAGACUCGGCGAUCGAGCAAGGGCCUUUCAAACUGCUCGUCAAUUUCAUUGGCGAUGAAUUCCUCCGAGACAACUUCCUCGAUGUUGCAGCCUCUCGUUUCCCAUACGAGACGUUACCGUUUCUGCGAAUCACGAUACUUCUCGCGAAAGCUCGCAACCAUUCGCUUUUCCGGGAUGAUGGCGUUCACUACAUCACACACCGACUCCAAACCAUGGAGUCUUUCACUCAAGCAGCGAUCGGUGGUUUCGAAUCCUACCAUACUACACAGGAAGAUGAAAACGCCAAUCUAGUGGCGCUAGAUCACUCGGUGGGCAUGCUUGACCAUCGAUCUACUAGACGUCUGACUAGUGGAACUCGGCAAGAGGCGGCCGAGAUCGUUCCCGGAGGUGCCGUUGGAGAAGUCAUAUCAGAGUCUAUGCCUCCAGUAAUUCGUUGGCAUCACACUUACUCUGGUAUCGCUCUCCUGGGGAAGUGGCUUGAACUUCACGUAAAGGGCGAGCUCGCUAAUAUCGUGUCUCCUUUCGAGACGGCCAAUGACGUGGCAGCCGCCGCCGUUGGUCUUUUGUCUGUACUGUUGCGGACUACAUAUGACCACGCCAACGAACAUCGAACUCAGGAUGAUGCUCGCCAACUAUGUCAAGACUUGCUUGAAGAAGCCUCGGUAUUCCACGAGACUGGACGCGACAUUGUUGACUGCGUCUUUGACCUAGUUGAACAACAGCUUGUGUCAACUCGACGUUUCUCACCGGCAUCUGGCUGUGACCUGCUCAGUGCUUGUGUCGAUUUCAUCACCAUACUCUGCAGAGUUCGACCAUUCCAACUCUGGCCUCUACUAGUCAAAAGCAGUGUUGUUGCAGCGUACGGCGCAAAGCGAUCGGUGUUUGCUGUUAUCGCUAGUGUUGAGGUUCCAAUCCAAAGCUUUCUCCUUCUUGAAAGCUGCUCCAUGCUGCUACAAGCUACUGUUGACCUUGUGCUCACGGUCUCGAUGUACAGUGAUGUCGCAAGAGGACUGAAAUCACGUGCAGCUACUACACAGCGUCCACUAGCCACUGCUGUACUUGGUCUUACGCAGAGCAUGUACGCCGCCUUCGACGCGAGCGCAGGGUGGACAUUCGUUCGACCGAAGCAAAAGCAGACCAUUCUUGAUAAUAUAUGUGCGGCAUUUUCCAGUUUGCUGUACUAUUCCUUCGGAACAGGCAACUCAUGCAGCACCGACUCAAGUAUUACGGUCUGCUUUCGACCUGCAGCGAACUUUCUGCUUGAAGCCUUGAGCGGCACGGGGGUCCAAUCUCUUGGGUCCGGCCCCGUUGCUCUCCACCUAGUGUCUGCUGCGAUGGCUCACGCCCCGGAUGUGUUUACUUCAAGUGAUCACUCUUAUCUGCGCUCAUUGUUAUCUCUUGCCAGAAUUCAUCUGGGCUGCUCCCGGCUCUCUGGCCACGCUCUCAAACAAGUCAACGCAACACUGGUCAACUUAUUUCCGGUGCUAAUCCGGCUACCUGUACUCUACGCGCCUCUUCUUCGGCCCUGUCUUGCAUUGGAGUGCGAUAUCUUCGACGCCUUCGAUGCCGGAUCGACCCCUCACCUACUCGGCCAUCUAGGGUCAUUAUCAUGCCUGAGCUUCUUGGACAGCUUACGAUAUCUAAAUGCACGGGCACACGACGAGGUUCACAUCUCUUGGCGUCUGAUCGCACGACUCAUAACUUUGGACCAGCAAUGGACUGCAGUUGUUCUCAUUACAGGCUCCCCUCCUGGCCGGGAACGCAAAGAGAGCGAGACUCCGAAACUGAGGACUAGAGGAAAGCCGCUGUUGGAGCAAGCACUUGACAAGCUGGUCAGGAUCGACUCGAUUGACCCGACCGUCGCUGUGGCUCUACUGAUGCUCCUUAGUGACGCACAACAGAGUUGGCCUUCUGUUGCUGACGCUAUCGCUGCACGGACUGAUCUGUUCCCUGCCCUCAUAUCGCAUGCUACUUCCCGAACGAGUUACGACCACAGUGACCUCAGCCAGGCUCUCCACAAUCAGGUGGCUGCUGGCGUGGUCGAUCUCAGCAUCAUCUCACUUCAUGCGAUGAUGGCCUUCCGUGAUGAGAAAAGAUUCGCCGUUUUCAUACCUUUCUUGGAGUGGUUGACCAAGAAUGCAUGCGAGGUCAACGGGUACAAUUCCUCAUUGCAUGCAAAUUUGAAGAAGAACUUCGCCAUGAAAUACGAUGAUCUGGACGUCAGUGUAGUCAAACGCACGGGUAUUUUGAGGAUACCGUAUGGCGAGUCCUAUUUCUAUGACCUCGAUUUCGCGGACAAGAUUCUGUAUACUGAUCGACACUGGAACAACGGACCGCAGAGCUUCCAUGCAGAACUUUGCCGCGCCAACAUUAACCUUUCUGUCGUCGAUUCGGAGCUGAUCCUGCUCCGCAGUUUCACGUACCUGUGCAGCGAGCACGGAUCAUUUUUCGCAAAGCACAAGGACGUGCAGAUUAUUAUGUCACACAUGGUUUCGAUCUGCCUGAGGGCUAAUUGCAAGCCAAGUCCACCGGAGAGCCUGUUUGAUUCGCUGUUUCAGUCACGAGCUGAAAUUGCAGCUAUGGUUCUUGGGCCACUUGUGACCGUUGGCGCUCGUGGUUCAGAUUAUACCACCCUACUUCGUUUGGCGUACGAUACUGCGAGGUACAGUAAUGGCUCUUACGAACUGGCGAUCAUGAACAACGAUUUACAAUACUGGCGAUCUAUGCUCACCGUUGUUCGUCUGUCGAUGCAAUUCCACGUAACGAAAUCGAGAAAGACGGUCAAUUUAGGGGACAAAGUGUCCCUCGACGCGAUUGAUCCGUCGAACACUCUAUUCUGCGAGAUUGGUGCACACAUCGUUGGCGAAGGACUUCGAUCUCUAGUUGCUGCUCUGCAAGACCAACGACAACGGUCCAAAGACAGAAUAAAUGAUGGUAGUGUCGUGGAUGCAUCAGACGUUCUUUUACUCUUGAACGUGCUACAGACGAUGCUUCGACUUCCAAGCCUGCCUCAGUUCGCGAAUCAGCUAGCGGAUGCUUUGAUCAGCACCAGUACGCCACAGACUUGCCUCCUGCUGUUCUCAUGGUCUCAUCUGCUCGAUGAAACCCCGGUUUAUGCGGUUCUGGCCAGCCGAUUUCUUGCAGCCAUCUCCAAAUUGGGCCCUGUCGCAGAAGAACUUGCCGUUGAAGGUGUCCUGAACCGAAUCUUGAUCUCGAAAAUGACCCAGCGAAUCCAGCAGAUGCCACAAGGCGUCGGUCAUCUAGAUCGCAGACCGAAUGCUGGUACACUGUACAACAUCUGGAGCGAUGGGUUCCUGCGAAUCUGUCUCAAUCUUCUUGAUGCAAUCGGAGGAGGUGUGGCGGCCGAGGUCGCCAACUUCAUUAAUGCUUUCCCAGAACAAGUCUCUCGCGCCAGUCUUUCGUUUUCGACGAACCCGAAUCGCGCUGAGGGUACUGAAGGCCUUACACUUGGCGCAGCAUGUGAGCUCGCAAACUUAGCUUUAUUGUCGUUCGUCCUAGAGCGAUUUCGCAUUGCUGGGGCGUCGUCUGCUGUUGAUCCAACACAGAUCGCCCCACUGGCUGGCUUCGACGAGCACAAGAAGGGAAUCGCCGCGGACAUUCGCGACGUGAUCGAGCAGGAUCUUCGCUUCAGGCUGAAACGGGAGGUUCCGACCAACGAAACGCAGGCGGCCUGGGCGAAGAAGUCUAGCAGGCCAGAGGAGAAGGGUGGCCGGAAUGACCAGCCACGUUCAAGUGUGCUUGACCAGAAGAUGAUCAAGGAAUUGAAGGAUGCGAGGAGAUGUUUGCUGCCGGAGGGAGAGGAGCAGUGA